AUGUUCUUAUCUUUAAUUCUUUUGGUUGUUCUCUGUUCAGAUGAAUGCUCGGCAUUUGAUGCACUGCAAACUUUAGCUGAUUUGUCUUUGAUGAUGCCAGACACUACUGCUGACACUGAGCCUUCUGCAAAGGUUAAAGAAGAAAAUCUUGAUGUCAUGGACAAGUCUAAAAUGAAAGGGAAUCAUUCAGUUGUGGGAGCUGGAAUCUCUGCUUCCAAGACAUCUAAGACGGGAAAGGCUUCAGGCAACAAUGUUGGUCCUAUUCCUGAAGCAGAAGGAAUUCAAGGAUCCAAUAAUGGAAAUCGUAAAAGGAAACAGAAGUCCUCUCCAUUUAAAAUUUCAUCUAAAGAUGAAGAUAGCAAUGAUUCUCGUGUCAAUGACACUCCAAAAACUAAGGCUACAGAUGAUGGAAAGAGUUCUUUUGGUAAAGUUAAACGGUCCCCUCAUAAUGCUGGACUGGCAAAAUCUAGCAAAAUAUCAAAACCUCUAGAUCAUCAUUCAUCUUCUAGUACUGACCAUAAAAGAGAAGAUGGUGACUAUGCUUUAUCCACAACACAAGUUCCAUCAAUUAACCCAAUCAGCUUGCCUACCAAAAUGAGGAGCAGGCGGAAGAUGGACCUGCUGAAGUCGCAAAGAGAUUCAAAGAUUGCUGAUAACAUUUUGAUUGAUCAACUUAAUGUAACUGCUCAUUCAUUAGAUGAUAGACCACAUGAUCUCAAGGAGCAGCAUUCUAAUUGCCUAUCUUGGCAUAAAUUGCGUAGAUGGUGUGUUUUUGAGUGGCUCUACAGUGCAAUUGAUUUCCCAUGGUUUGCAAAAUGUGAGUUUGUAGAGUACUUAAAUCACGUUGGAUUAGGUCACAUUCCUAGAUUGACACGUGUUGAAUGGGGUGUUAUUCGAAGUUCCCUUGGGAGACCGCGGAGAUUCUCUGCACAAUUCUUGAAGGAAGAAAAACAGAAGCUAAAUCAAUAUAGGGAAUCUGUUAGGAAACACUAUGCUGAACUUCGUGCAGGCACAAGGGAAGGACUUCCAACCGAUUUAGCUCGGCCAUUAUCUGUUGGACAGCGUGUUAUUGCCAUUCAUCCAAAAACAAGAGAGAUCCACGAUGGAAGUGUACUUACUGUUGACUAUAGCAGGUGUCGUGUUCAGUUUGACCGACCUGAACUUGGGGUUGAAUUUGUCAUGGAUAUCGAGUGUAUGCCUUUAAAUCCAGUUGAAAACAUGCCUGCAAAUUUGUCAAGACAUGGCGUGACUCUCGAUAAGAUAUUUGGUAAUCUCAAUGAGGUUAAAAUUAAUGGCUUACUGAAGGAAGCGAAGAUUGAAGACUAUAUAAAAUCAACCAGUAACGAUAAACUUGAAAGCACCGAUGGUUCUGUGUUUAUUUCCCCUUCCACUCAUCAUAUCAACAAAUUAAUUAAACAGGCAAAGGUCGACCUUGGGUGCUCUAAUCUACAAACUAAAUUUGGGCUUAAUGAGACUGUCGGUAUCCAACAGGAGGCAAGUUCCCAACUUUCUGUCCUUGCUCAAAUUCAAGCUAAAGAAGCUGAUGUUCAUGCUCUGUCUGAAUUGUCACGUGCACUUGACAAGAAGGAGGUGGUGGUGUCUGAAUUGAAGCGCUUGAAUGAUGAGGUGUUGGAAAACCAAAUAAAUGGAGACAACUUGCUCAAGGAUUCAGAGAACUUUAAGAAGCAAUAUGCUGCUGUGCUAUUACAGUUGAAUGAAGUUAAUGAACAGGUCUCCUCUGCUCUGUAUAGCUUGAGGCAGCGCAAUACGUAUCAAGGGACUUCACCAUUAAUGUUCCUCAAGCCAGUGCAUGAUUUGGGUGACCCUUGCUCUUAUGCUCAAGAACCCGGUUCCCAUGUGGCUGAAAUUGUGGGAAGUUCCAGAGCAAAGGCUCAAACAAUGAUCGAUGAAGCAAUGCAGGCAAUUCUUGCUCUGAAAAAAAGAGAAAGUAAUUUGGAGAACAUUGAAGAAGCCAUUGAUUUUGUGAGAAAUAAACUCUCAGUAGAUGAUUUGGCCUUGCCAACUGUGAAAUCAACAUCUGCAGAUACUAGUAAUGCCACUCCAGUAUCUCAGAAUCAUUUCAAUGCGGGUGCAUCAAACCCAUCAGCUGCUAAUUAUGUAGUUGGUUCCAAGUCCAAUAGCCCAUCCGACAAGCCUGAAGUGGAGAUCCCUUCAGAACUUAUUGCGCACUGUGUAGCCACUUUACUCAUGAUUCAGAAAUGCACAGAACGACAGUUUCCGCCAGCUGAUGUUGCUCAGGUACUGGAUUCUGCUGUCAAUAGUUUGCAGCCAUGUUGUCCUCAGAACCUUCCACUAUAUGCAGAAAUACAGAAAUGCAUGGGAAUUAUAAGGAGCCAGAUACUUGCGCUUAUACCUACAUAGGUUCAAAUCUGCUUCCCAUGUGUUAAGACAAAUUGAAAAGGUGAGUAAAUACGUCUUAGAUAUAAUAUUUUGGCCUCACUUUUUGAAUUAUAAAUGUGUAUCUCCUUGGCUAUCAGUUUCUUUGUCUGACUGUACCAUAGACUGGAAUUAUGUAUAAAUCCUUGUAGUUUGAGCAAAUUGUAGUUUCAUUGAAUGAAAAUCAAUCUUCUACCUGCUUCUGCAUUA